UACGAUCGGAUAUGAAAAUAAAAAUUCAGUUUUCGAAAAACUGUGACUGGCCGGUUACCGACGGCAUCAACGUCGACGUCUCGAAAUUGUUAAUGUAAAAUUCCGCUGGAGGCGCUGCGUGCAGUGAUAAAAUUUUGAGAUACCAACGCGUCGUCGUUUCUAGAACAAAUCGUGCAAUCGUGGUUCAAAAUUGAGUGCAGGAAGUGAAACGUUGCGUUUUAAUGACGCGGCGAAUUCCGAUCACCGUCAUUCCCGAAUUUCUACGAAUUAAUCCCACGUACAAUUCCCGUUUAGCGUUGUAAAUGCUAUAAAUUGCGUGGUCUUAUUCGUUCACGGGUUUUCGGCGAUGACACAGUUUAUCGAUAAAGUUUCGAGGACAAGGACGUGGCCCAGCUAGCUGGCGAAUCGCUAACAACGAGAGUGUGCAGGUAGUAAAAAUUGGCAAACAAUCGACAAAUUAUAUCUCGAAUUCAACGAAGCGUGAAAACAGUAACGAUCCACCCUGAAAUAUCCGACGACAAUGGAGUUUCCAAACUUGGGUGAACAUUGCUCCGAAAAAACCUGCAACCGUCUCCAGUUUCUGCCCCUGAAGUGCGACGCCUGCGAGGCGAUAUUCUGCACCGAUCACAUAUCCUACACCAGUCACACGUGUCCAAGUGCCUAUAAGAAGGACGUUCAAGUGCCUGUAUGUCCGCUCUGCAACGCCCCAGUGCCUUCGAAGCGAUCCGAUCCACCCGAUCUCGCGGUAAGUCUGCAUAUAGACAACGACUGUCAGGCAGAUCGUGCCAAAAGCAGGAGGAAAGUCUUCACCAACAAGUGUACGUCCAAGGGCUGCAAAAUCAAGGAAAUCGUCGCGGUUAAAUGCGGGGACUGCGGGAAAAACUUUUGCUUGAAACACCGGCAUCCCUGCGAUCACGCUUGUGUGGGAAAAGAGGAAACCGUGCGUCAGCGGAGGAUUGAAGCUCUUAACAAACAGGCCGAGAGUCGAGUCCCACAGAAUAAUCAAAAUGCCAAUUCUAGCCUGUUUAGGAAUCUUCAGGGAACUAUCAGCGAGGACGAAGCCUUGGCCAGGGCCUUACAAGCCUCUCUUCAAGAUGAAGAAAAUGCUGGGAGGAUCGAGUCUUGUCAAGAGGAAGAGAUUCCACUCGGGAACAAAGGCAGAUGCAUGCUCUCUUAGUUCUUUUAUAAUUUAUAAACACGAUAAAACGGUGACGGCAACGAAGAACAGACGUGUUGAAAUCCUGGUGGAAUUACUUGUCAACUGCUGAAGAUGCGUUUAAUGUUUUUUUUUUUUUUUUUUUCAACGUUUCUAGAAUUAGGCAUCAAAUAUCAAUUAGUAGGCAGGUUCUUACGAGCUAUGGAUGAUCAAAAAACUGGACGUUUUCAAAAUCCUAUUCUAUAAUUUAGCCUUUUACGGGAGGAAACUGAAUUUCUGUCUUUUUUCACAUUAAAUAAGCUCUAGUUUUUAAAUCUAAAUACACGAGAAUUUGAAAGAAAUAUUGAACUAUGUAUCUUUCAUACAAGCUUUUUUUUUCGUCAGUUGCUGUUAAGUCGUUUACAUUCACCCUAAAUUUUAAAUCAAGUCUCCUCAACUAUUAUGCAUAAACAUAACCUUAUUAGUUAUUCUAGCCAAUCACGAAUUCUAUUUCACCAAGUCUAGUUAUAAUCGCAAUGAUGUAACAAAUUAAGACUUCUGAUCGCUGUCUAGUGAUUAAUUAAUUACGCAUUUUUUUGUAAAUAAUUUAAAAAUAAUCUAUAUACACAUUGCGAACAAUCACGUUCCAAACUGCCUCUGUACAUUCGUCAUAAUAAAUAGUUACUACCAGCUUUAUUGUAACACAAAAAAGAAGAAACGGUGUUAUGAAACGAGUAAAAAGUUCUUUACUUGCAAAUUUUCCUCUACUCUUAUCCAUACAAUAAAUAUUUAUUAUAAACAUA